CAUUUAUCUCAGACACAUCCUGAAGUUUAAACAGGUCAUAGUGCUCUUCUUUUGCACUGGACCACUUGACUGCUUUCUCCAUGGAAAUCCCUCUGUCUGGGGACACUCUGCCGACACCUUUGUUUGAGACUCUCCGCAGAGAUUUCCGAGAUGAUCCCCCCAAAGGAGAUUUCCCUCUUCAGAAAAAAUCACCGAAACUCUGUGGCUCCAACUACCCCCUGAGCAUUGCCUUCAUUGUGGUGAAUGAGUUCUGCGAGCGCUUCUCUUACUAUGGCAUGCGAGCUGUCCUGACACUGUAUUUCUUAAGCUACUUCCACUGGGAUGAGAAUCUCUCCACUGCUGUGUACCAUGCCUUUUCUGCGUUGUGUUAUUUCACACCUGUUAUCGGAGCCAUCAUGGCAGACUCAUGGCUGGGGAAGUACAAGACGAUCAUCUACCUCUCCAUUGUGUAUGUUGUUGGCCAUCUGAUAAAGUCAGUCGGUGCCAUUCCAUCCCUGGGCAACCAGGCAGUUCAUGUGGUCCUGUCUAUGGUUGGUCUGUUUUUGAUCGCCCUUGGAACAGGAGGGAUCAAGCCCUGUGUCUCUGCAUUUGGUGGGGACCAGUUUGAAGAAGAACAUACCUCGGAGAGAAGCAAGUUUUUUUCCAUCUUCUAUUUAUCCAUUAAUGCUGGAAGUUUGAUCUCCACGUUUGUAACUCCUGUAUUAAGAGGGGAUGUGAAAUGUUUUGGAGAGGAUUGUUAUGCACUGGCUUUUGGCGUCCCAGCAGCACUGAUGGUGUUGGCGCUUGUUGUGUUCAUUGCUGGAAGUGGACUGUACAGAAAAACACCACCACAAGGAAACGUCUUGCUGGAAGUGUGCAAAUGCAUCAGUUUUGCUAUUAAAAACCGGCUGAAAAACCGCUCCCGUGAGAUUCCAAAGAGAGAUCACUGGCUGGACUGGGCAUCAGAAAAAUACUCGAAACAGCUGAUUGGGGAGGUUAAAAUGGUGACUCGUGUUCUCUUCCUCUUCAUACCACUGCCAAUGUUCUGGGCCCUGUUUGAUCAGCAGGGAUCCAGGUGGACUUUGCAAGCCACAAAAAUGAAUGCUGAUUUUGGAAUAUAUGUCCUUCAGCCUGACCAAAUGCAGUUCUUAAAUCCACUUCUUAUUCUUGUCUUCAUCCCAAUUUUUGACCUUGGACUCUACCCCCUGAUAAACAUGUGCAAAUUGAAUUUCACACCUAUUAGGAAAAUGGCAACAGGUAUGGUCCUUGCAGGGCUGGCAUUUGGACUUGCAGCUGUUAUAGAAGUCAAAAUAAAUGAAACCGAUAUGCCUCGACUUGUCCCAAAAGAAAGUUUAAUUCGGGUCCUGAAUUUGGCAAAGAACCCUGUUCAAGUGACAAUCCAAGACAAGGACCUCUUUCAGCAGCCUGUGGAGUCUUUUCAGAAACCAGCUGAGUACUCAAAAUUAAUAUUGAAUGGAGAGCAACAGAGCCUUCACUUCACCCUGCAACAUCAAGGAUUGACUCUUGCUUUUAACUACACUGUGAAGGAAAAAUCAGUAUACAGCUUAAUUGUUUUUGAGGCAGAAGGAAGCCUAUCAAGCCGCUUAAUUACAGACUUGGAAGCAAAGCCAGAAAAUGGUUUGGCAGCUGUUAGAUUCAUUAAUGGUUUGAGCCAAGAUGUCAACCUCACCAUCGAUAGCAAAAAGUUCAUUGCUGUUCAGAAAAACUACAGUGCUUCUGAGUACUCACUGCUGGAGAGGGACAUAUAUAAUAAUGGAAAAUGCAUAACUGAAAAAGGAGAGUUCCCCCUGGAGCUGAGGCUGCUUGAUUUUGGUGCCUCAUACACUGUUGUGAUAACUAAUAUUUCUGGGGGUGCCAUUGAGAUAUGGAAAUCAGAGGACAUCAAAGCCAACAAUGUCCAUAUGGCCUGGCAGUUACCACAAUAUUUAUUGAUAUCUGCUGGGGAGGUGAUGUUCUCCAUUACGGGUCUGGCCUUCUCCUAUUCUCAGUCUCCAGCCAGCAUGAAGUCGGUGCUGCAGGCAGGCUGGCUGCUCACAGUGGCUGUGGGGAAUACCUUUGUGCUCAUUGUUGCCGAGGCUGCACCAAUGGCACAGUGGGCUGAAUUUGUCUUGUUCACUGUUCUCCUCUUUGCUGUGUGCAUUAUUUUCUCCAUCAUGGGAUAUUUCUAUGUCAGUGUGGAUCCAGAGGACCUAGAAGAAAAGGAAGAGAAGAGAGAAACCUCAAGCAGAGGAAACAUGAUUGGUCUUGUUACUCAGAAAACAAAGCUCUAACACAUCAUGGGUUGGGAUUUUUUUUUUAAACUCAGUUAUGAGAAAGUAAAAGAAGGGUGGGGUCAGUGUUAUUUUAUUUUAGAGCACUGCAGUCUUUGUUACUCCAAAUGUAGCCACCUUAUAAAUGGGACCAAAUAGCCCUCUAUAAAAACAGUGGGGGUCCUGAAAUCAGAGCAAAACUCCCUGGGAAAGCUCCUCAGGUAUUAAAAGCCCUUAUUAGUAAUUACAGUGUAAUUUACAACCUGCCCAUCUUUUUAAGCAUGGAAUGCUUUCCUAUGAUUUUGCCUUAAACAUAUAUUUAGGACAGCAGGGAGGAAGGGUGGAAGGAAUGCCAUAUGACACAAAAAUCUGGAGAUAUUACGAGAGAAGAAAGAGGAAAAACUAGUAUAGGAAUUAGGGAAGAAUAGCUGUUAGUGACAGAAGGGAUUUUAAUGCUAUCAUCAAGGACUGUAAGGGUUACACACAGUCCCAAAGGCUUUCAUCAUGUAACUCUCCUUAUGAGUAUUUCAUCCCAUUAUUGCAUGUUAUGAAUGGUUCUGAUUUAUGAUUUUCACCUUCAAGCUCAGAAGUAAUAACACAGAAUUAAAUUCUGCAGGCUAAAAUAUUCCCAAAACACUGCUGACGAAGACAGGCAUGCUACCACCUCUCCAAUACCCAUUUUUUUCCCUAGAACUUUUUAGCAACUGAUGGUGUUCUUUGAUUAGACAUGAUUAGAGAAUUGGUUUAUGCUUUCUUAUUUCAGAAUUCCAGACAGUUAUUUGCCAUCUUCCUAUACAUUAAGCCUUUAUUGGGCAUUUCCUUUUACAGCACCUGUCACUGCAAGUUAGGAUAUGGCUGAUUUCUUAUCUCAUGCCUCAGUUAUUCCCCACUGGGAGACAAGUUGCAGUAGUUUCUAUAAAAUUCCAGGACUCCUGCAGUGAGUUAUUUACAAGGAUGUACUUUAUCAUUUUUUCAGUCUACAAGAGGAGACCAUGGCAUAUGAGAUUUUUCUUUUUCCUCCUUGUUUUUCUGUCCCUACCAAACUUUGGAUAUAGCAAUUUUAUUGGAAUUGUGAUAUAAUUGCCUCAUUUUUUCUCAAUUGCGUGAAGCU